AAAGAACGACAUCCUGAGUUGAAAGUUCAAUCUGCUCACAUGCGUGUUUUAGAGGAUUAGCCGUGACUCUAUAUGUCCGGUUUUAAUAUGAAAUUACUUUUAGUCGUUACUGUUGCGUGUUUAUCCGUCGGCUUCUUCGUGUGUCGAGUAUGUCCGUGAACGCAUCAAAGCACGAGCUGAUCCAGCUGAUCUACCGAUAUUUGAAGGAGCAUGGUUUCCACUCAGCUGCAGAUGAGCUACAGAGGCACAACCCACAGGUCAACACUGGGGAGACAAGCAUAUCUAACCCUAACUCCUCAUUACUGGAUAUCUACAAUUCCUGGUUAAAGGACUCGAAAAAGAAAAGGCAGCCUGACUCAGCCAAGACUCCAGCUAAGGCGACGGCAAGGAAAAAGAAGGAUAAACCUGCAAAAAAAUCAGAAACACCAAAAACGAAGUCUGUGCCAGCGAAAAGGAAAAAAAGUGAAGUUAAGUCUGCAAAAAAUGCGAAGAAAUCAAAGACCCAAACAACUGCUGGAGGAGAUGAUUCAGACUCUGACAGCAGUUUGGAUGUAGAGAAAUGGAAGAAACUGGUCCUGCAAAUGACAGAGGCUGACGUAGCCAAGAUGGACACCAUCGACGCUCUGGACUCCUCUGCACCGCAGCCCGCGAAAAAAAGAGUGAGGAAACCCCGGGCUAAGCCUGCCGCAAAAACAGACACUCCUGUUAAACAGAAAAGGGCAACGGCUGCAAAGAAAGGAAAAGUGGAGGAAACACCAACAAAGACUGGUAGACCUAAGAAGAGCAUGCCAGAAAAGACGGCACCUGUGAUCUCCUCAGCCACCCCGAGCCAAGAGCAAAACAUCAACCCUGUAGAGGAAAUACCAGCUGCAGCCACUGUCUCCCCAUCAAAACAGACACCAACGAAAGAGAAAAGGAAAGCUGUGACUCCCAGUGAAGACAAAACUGAUGAGACGUCGUCCGAGCCCAAGAAGAAGAAGAAGAAAAAGGAGACAACUGAAGAGAAAGUGGAAGAGAGCACAAAUGAGACUGGUGAUGUUGGAAAAGGCAAAGAGGAAAAGAAAAAAACAAAAGGGUCAAAAGUAGAUGGGAAACAGAAUGAGACUGAAGAAGAAAUGAUGGAGAAAAACAACAUCGGUAACGUUGAUAACGAAGAUAUUACAGAGCCAAUAGUGCCCGAAAAGAAAUCCAAGAAGAAGGAAAAGGAUAAAACUGAUGGUGAGGAAAAUUCAGAGCAGAUAGUGGAGGAAAAGAAAGUAAAGAAGAAAAAGAAAGCUGACAGCGAGGAAAAAUCAGAGCAGAAAUUUGAAGAAGACAAGGAAGAUUCAGCAGAGCAGAUAGCUGAAAACGUAACAGAAAAUACAGAGCCAGUAGUUGAGGGAAAGAAAUCAAAGAAAAAGAAAAAGGAGAAAACUUGUGGUGAAGAAAAUUCCGAGCAAACAGCUGAAGAAAAGAAAGUAAAGAAGGAAAAAAAGACCGCUGAUGGUGAGGAAAAUCCAGAGCAGGUGGCUGAACCGGUCAAAGAAAAUACAGAGCCGAUAGUUGAAGAAAAGAAAGCAAAGAAAAAGAAAAAGGAGAAAACUGAUUGUGAGGAAAGUUCAGAGGAAACAGUAAAAGAAAAGAAAAAGAAAAAAAAGGACAAAGCCAAUCAUAAUGAGGAGACGUCGGAGCAGGUGGAAGAAAACGCGACGACAAAUAAACCCGAGGGCAGCGACGGAGAAGAAAAGCCGGAGCAGGUUACUGAAGUGAAGAAGAAGAAGAAAAAAAAGAACUCAUCAUUGAAAAAUGAUUCAGUUGAUACAGAACCACUACCUCCACCCGACCUCGACACACCGAGUCCUCAGACAGAGAAGAAGAAAAAGAAAAGCAAGUUGAAAUCUGAUGACAGCUCAGAAACAUCAGCAGUUUCUGUCCAAGACGCCGCAGCAGCAGAAACCCUCCAAACACCCUCAAGGGACACCCAGAAAAAGAAAAAGAAAUCCUCCAAGAGCACUGAGUCAUGAAGACGCAGAACCAAAGGAUGAAGACAACGCAUCCUUUUCCAUCCGAUUUCGAAUCAUAUUUUAAUGGUUAAAAAGAUCGCUUAAAACUGUAAAGAGAAAAUUACUUUUUUAUUUUGGUACUUUUUUCAACUUUUUCAUUUGUUUUAUGUUUUUACUCUUUUACUAUGCCACAACUGUUAUUUUUUUGUUUUAUAUGAUAUUGCCAUUUUAAUGGCAUGAAUAUGUUAAAGGGAUUUAUUACCUGUUUGAUGGAAUGGAUGAUCCCUCUCAUGAUAUGUCAUCUAGUCUUUUUUCAUCAGUCAUUGAUUGAACCAAAUAAUGUCUCUCUUGAACACAUUUCAAAUUUCAUAAACACUUACAGUCUCAGGAAUUCUUCCCAUGAUAGUCCGACAUCUUAAAGGUCCAGUGUGUAAGAGUUUUGGCAUCUAGCGGUGUAGUUGUAGAUUUACUCCCUUGCUUCAUCAACCCUUUCCAAGUGCAAACUACUAUGGUUCACUCUACUAUGGUAGAGCCAGUGUUUGUCCAUUCUGAGCUACUGUAGAAACAUCUAUAGAUAAAAACUCAUUCUAUGGUAACAAAAACUCAUUUUCAGCAGAUUAUAGAGCAAUUAAAACAUUAGCGUUAAUAUAGUAUAGUAUUCUGCUAUUAGAGCCUUAUAAAUGUUACACACUGGACCUUUAUUUGUUUUCAGUAUACGCCUCCGAACUCCGCUCUUCUGGAGAAAAAAAAACAAAUAGUUUUAUAUUUAUUCAAAAAAUAAUGGAAAACAGUUUUAAAAGCCUAUUUUGGCAUUGGGUUACAGUCCUAUGGUUGUGAAAAUCAUGUUUUUUUAAACAAAAGUUUUAAAUGUUUGAUAAAGAUUUCCUAUAUGCAUUGUAAAUUGUGCUUUUAAUACAAAUUAAACCAUAGUUUUUUGUAAA